UUCAGUUUACACACCUUCUUCUUCGUCUUCUUCAGUUGCAUUAUAAUGGAGAUCAUCGAUAUUGUUAUCCUCUUCGCGGCUCUCCUCUUCCUCCGUCUAUGGUGGAAACACUGGUCCGUCACCGGCGGGGGACCAAAGAAUCUCCCGCCGGGCCCACCGGGCUGGCCUCUCGUCGGAAACCUAAUGAAAGUCAUCCUCCAGCCGCGUCCAUUCAUCUUCCUCAUGCGCGACCUGAGGAAAAAGUACGGCCCAAUCUUCACCAUGCAAAUGGGCCAGCGAACGCUCAUCAUCGUCACCAGCUCCGAGCUCAUCCACGAGGCCCUGGUCCAGCGCGGCCCGGAGUUCGCCAGCCGCCCUGCCGACUCCCCGAUCCGCCUCAUCUUCAGCGUCGGGAAAUGCGCCAUCAACUCUGCCGAGUACGGCCCGCUCUGGCGGGCCCUACGGCGGAACUUCGUGACGGAGCUGAUCAACCCGGCGAGAAUACGGCAGUGCAGCUGGAUACGAAGCUGGGCUAUGGAGAACCACAUGAAGCGGCUUCGAAAGGAGGCUUUGGAAAACGGCGUUGUUGAGGUCAUGAGCAACUGUCGCAUGACGAUCUGCAGCGUCUUGAUAUGCCUUUGCUUCGGAGCGAAGAUAUCGGAGGAAAGGAUCAGGCACAUCGAGAGCGUGCUUAAGGACGUGAUGAUGAUCACGACUCCGAAGCUUCCGGAUUUCUUGCCGGUUUUGACGCCGCUUUUCCGGAGGCAAGUGAGGGCAGCGAAGGAGCUGAGGAGGAAGCAGUUGGAGUGUUUGGUUCCGCUGAUAAGGAACCGGAGGAAGUUCAUUGAGAGCGGAGGAAAAGUCGACGAGGAGAUGGUGAGUCCCGUCGGAGCGGCGUACAUCGAUUCGCUUUUCGAUCUCGAAGCGCCUGGGAGAGGGAGAUUGGGAGAGGAAGAGCUCGUCACGCUUUGCUCGGAGAUCAUAAAUGCCGGGACGGAUACAAGUGCAACGGCGGCGGAGUGGGCACUGUUUCAUCUUGUGACGGAUCACAGCGUUCAGGAGAAGCUUUACAAGGAGAUUGUGGUGACCGUUGGAAAAGACGGUGUCGUUUUGGAGAGUGAUGUUGAGAAGAUGGCUUAUCUCGGUGCAGUGGUGAAGGAGACGUUCCGGCGGCACCCGCCGAGCCACUUCGUCCACUUCGUGUUGUCACACGCGGCGGUAAAGGACACGAAGCUCGGCGGGUACACGGUGCCUGCGGACGCCAGCGUGGAGUUCUACACGGCGUGGCUGACGGAGGAUCCCGACAUGUGGAAGGACCCGAUGGAGUUCCGACCGGAGAGGUUCUUGGAUGGCGACGGGGUCGAUGUCGACGUGACGGGGACGAAGGGAGUGAGGAUGGUGCCGUUUGGCGCCGGGAGGAGGAUCUGCCCUGCGUGGACUUUGGGCACUUUGCAUAUCAACCUGCUGCUGGCCAAGAUGGUUCACGCCUUCAAGUGGUUGCCGGUUCCGAACGGCCCGCCGGAUCCGACCGAGACGUUUGCCUUCACGGUUGUCAUGAAGAAUCCUCUCAAGGCUGUUAUUUUGCCUAGGAUGUGAAUUAGUUCGUAUUGUUGAUCUUGGAAAUCUUGGUGAUGUUUGUUAUUGCUUAAUCGUACGCUGUUUGAUAAUAUCAUAGGACGUACUCUCAUCA